GAGCGAUUCGGCGCGAGCGCGGAGCGUUGGAGUUUUCAGCCGUAAACUCUCACACACACAAAAAACCAAUUAUUUUCAAUCUUAGCAGGUUGUAAAUAUUCUUCACUGGAACUAUGGAUCUUGCAUCGAGUCCCCUGCGACCUUUGUUUCCUAAUCAAGUCACAAAGGUGAAGAAAGGUGAUGAUAAUCGAAGGUUGUCUGUUGAAAGAAUCUACCAGAAGAAGACACAACUGGAGCAUAUUUUGCUCCGUCCUGACAGUUAUAUUGGCUCUGUGGAACCUGUUUCACAGCAAAUGUGGGUGUAUGAUGAAGAAAUUGGCUUAAAUUGCAGAGAAGUGACUUUUGUCCCUGGUUUAUACAAGAUAUUUGAUGAAAUUCUAGUGAAUGCUGCUGAUAACAAACAGAGAGAUAAAAACAUGUCCUGCAUCAAAAUCAGCAUUGACCCUGAGAACAACACAAUUACUGUAUGGAAUAAUGGAAAGGGGAUUCCUGUUGUGGAGCAUAAAGUGGAGAAAGUUUUUGUUCCUAAUCUCAUCUUUGGCCAGCUACUGACUUCCAGCAACUAUGAUGAUGAUCAGAAGAAAGUCACUGGUGGACGAAAUGGUUAUGGUGCAAAACUCUGCAACAUUUUCAGUACAAAGUUUACAGUGGAAACUGCUUGUAGGGAAUACAAGAAGUGUUUCAGACAGACCUGGAAGAACAAUAUGGGAGAUGCACAAGAAGCUAAAAUCAAGUAUUUUGAUGGUGAUGACUACACUUGUAUCACCUUUCAACCUGAUCUCCCAAAAUUCAAAAUGCAAACUCUUGAUAAAGACAUAGUGGCAAUUAUGUCAAGAAGAGCAUAUGAUGUUGCUGGCACCUGCAAAGGGGUGAAAGUUUUCCUAAAUGGCAAGAAGUUACCUGUUUCUGGAUUCCGUAGUUACGUGGAUCUUUACAUAAGUGGCAAAGUGGAUGAAACAGGCAGCCCACUCAAGAUAGUACAUGAAGUUGUUAACGAACGGUGGGAAGUCUGUGUGACGAUGAGUGAGAAAGGCUUCCAGCAGAUAAGCUUUGCAAAUAGCAUUGCUACCACAAAGGGUGGUCGGCAUGUUGACUAUAUCACUGACCAAUUGGUUAACAAGUUAAUUGAGGUUGUAAAGAAGAAGAAUAAAGGUGGUGUGGCAGUGAAACCAUUUCAGGUAAAGAAUCAUCUUUGGGUCUUUGUGAAUAGUUUGAUCGAAAACCCAACAUUUGACUCCCAGACAAAGGAGAACAUGACGCUUCAAGCAAAGAAUUUUGGUUCACGAUGUGUAUUAUCUGAGAAGUUUAUCAAAGCGGCAAUGAGCUGUGGUAUCAUUGAAAGCAUCAUGAAUUGGGUUCGGUUUAAAGCCCAAAAUAUGCUUAAUAAGAAAUGCUCAGGAGCAAAACAAACCAAGAUCAAGGGAAUUCCGAAACUGGAUGAUGCUAACGAUGCUGGAACUAAGCAUUCUCAGGGUUGUACUCUCAUCCUAACUGAGGGAGAUUCAGCCAAGACUUUGGCUGUGUCAGGUCUGGGAGUGGUUGGACGAGAUAGAUAUGGUGUGUUUCCUCUUAGGGGAAAAGUCCUCAAUGUACGAGAAGCAUCUCACAAACAGAUAAUGGAAAACACCGAAAUCAACAACAUGAUAAAGAUUAUUGGUCUGCAAUACAAGAAGAACUAUGAAGAUCAGGAGUCUCUGAAGACUCUCCGUUAUGGAAAAUUGAUGAUUAUGACAGAUCAGGAUCAAGAUGGUUCACACAUCAAGGGAUUGUUGAUCAAUUUCAUCCAUCACAACUGGCCUUCACUGCUCAAACAUAGCUUUAUAGAGGAAUUUAUUACACCAAUUGUAAAGGUGUCCAAAAACAAGCAGGAAAUUGCAUUUUACAGUCUACCUGAAUUUGAUGAAUGGAAAAAGAACACCACCAACAACAAGACUUGGAAAAUAAAGUACUACAAAGGUUUGGGUACGAGUACUGCCAAGGAAGCAAAGGAAUACUUCGCUGAUAUGGAGAGGCAUCGUAUCCCCUUUAGAUAUGGUGGACCAGAAGAUGAUGCUGCAAUCACCCUGGCAUUUAGCAAGAAAAAAAUAGAGGAGCGUAAAGAAUGGCUGACUAACUUCAUGGUUGAUAGACGUCAGCGAAAAUUACAUGGAUUGCCGGAGCAAUUCUUGUAUGGGAAAGGUACAAAAUAUUUGACAUACAAUGACUUCAUAAAUAAGGAACUGGUUCUCUUCUCGAACUCUGACAAUGAACGGUCAAUUCCAUCACUUGUGGAUGGCCUGAAGCCUGGUCAGCGCAAGGUUUUAUAUACCUGCUUCAAGCGAAAUGACAAACGUGAAGUCAAGGUUGCUCAGCUAGCCGGUUCUGUUGCUGAGAUGUCAGCCUAUCAUCAUGGUGAGGUAUCCCUCAUGAUGACAAUUGUUGGAUUAGCUCAGAACUUCAUAGGCAGCAAUAAUAUCAAUCUUCUGCAACCAAUUGGUCAGUUUGGUACAAGACUUAAUGGUGGCAAAGAUGCUGCAAGCCCUCGAUACAUUUUCACUAUGCUCAGUCCUUUGGCUCGGCUCUUGUACCCACCAAUGGAUGAUAAUCUCCUGAAGUAUCUCUAUGACGAUAACCAGCGAGUGGAGCCAGAGUGGUAUAUCCCUAUUAUUCCGAUGGUGCUGGUGAAUGGUGCAGAUGGUAUUGGCACAGGAUGGGCUUGCAAAAUUCCCAAUUAUGAUACAAGAGAAAUUGUUAAUAAUAUUAGACGUUUGCUGGAUGGAGAUGAUCCAGUGCCUAUGCUUCCUAAUUACAAGAACUUCAAAGGAACAAUUUUUGAGUUGGGUGCCAAUCAGUAUAUAAUCAAUGGUGAAAUCUCAGUGUUGAAUGCCACCACAGUAGAAAUUUCAGAGCUACCUAUCAAGACCUGGACUCAGGUGUACAAAGAGCAGAUACUCGAACCAAUGUUGAGUGGAACAGACAAGACUCCGUCAUUGAUCACUGAUUAUAAAGAGUAUCACACUGAUACCACUGUGCGUUUCAUAAUAACAAUGACUGAACAGAAACUGGCUGAAGCAGAAGCAGCAGGAUUGCAUAAAGUCUUCAAACUGAAUGUCCCUCUUACAUGCAACUCAAUGGUGUUAUUUGAUCAUGUUGGCUGUCUGAAAAAGUAUGAAAAUGUUCAAGAAAUACUGAAAGAGUUCUUUGACUUAAGGUUGAAAUAUUAUGGUUUAAGAAAAGAUUGGCUUGAGGGACUUCUGGGAGCAGAAUAUGGAAAACUAAGCAAUCAGGCGCGUUUCAUCUUGGAGAAGAUUGAAGGCAAACUGGUCAUUGAAAACAAGCCAAAACGUGAAUUGAUUCAAUUACUGCUCGAUCGAGGUUACGAUUCAGAUCCUGUGAAAGGCUGGAAAGAAUCUCAGGAAAAGGAGCAAGAAUCUGAGCUGGAGGAUACAGAGGAGGAAGAAGAGACCACAUCUUCUGGGCCAGAUUUCAACUACCUUUUGAAUAUGCCCAUGUGGUAUCUGACCAAAGAAAAGAAAGAUGAACUGCUUAAGCAGAGAGAUGUCAAAGAAAAGGAAUUAAAAGAUGUGAAAAAGAAAAGCCCUUCAGACUUGUGGAAGGAAGACCUAGCAGCUUUUAUUGAGGAGCUUGAGCGUGUGGAGAUGCAGGAAAAAGAAAAUGAGAUGGCUCACAUUGGUAAGGCUGCUAAAGGAAAAGCUGGUAAGGGUAAAGCAAGAAAGCUGCAAUUGGAGGAAACUAUGCCAUCUCCCCAAGGCAGAAGGAUUGUCCCCAGAGUUACUACUGCAAUGAAGGCAGAGGCCAGCAAAAAAGUUACCAAGAAAAAAGGAAAGGGUGAAACAGAUUUGCUUGCUGUUAAGAUGGAAUUUGAUGAUAAAGAGGAAAAUUCUCCUGAAUCUAUAAGCCUUGCAGAAAGACUCACCAAAAAAAUGAAAGCAGAACCAGGGCCCAAGACUAAGCUAACAGCACAGAAGCAGACGAAACUUCAGUUUAAACCUCUUGAAAAAAUGAAAAGGAACCCUUGGUCUGAUUCCGAAUCAGAAUCAGGCAGUGAUUUGGAAAUUGUUGAUCUUCCUCCCAGAGAAAAACCACAAAGGGCGACAGCAUCGAAAGCCAAAUAUGUGCUUUCGUCAUCUGAAGAAGAUGAAGAUGAUGAUAAUGAUGGAAUGUGUGCUGAGAGCGAUGAUGAAUUUCAUAUUUCUGACAGUGGCUCAGAGUUUUCAGCUCCAAAGGCAAAUCGUCCCCUAAGUAGGUGUAAAUUAAUUUCAGAAAUUUCAAUUUUAACAAAUUGA